AUGCUGGUCAAGUCGAAAAGGAAAGAAGAUCACAUCGAUCAUCUGCAGGAAGCCUUCGACAUACUGAGGCAGUACGACAUGAAACUAAACCCCGAAAAAUGCGCCUUCGGCGUAACCUCGGGCAAAUUUCUCGAUUUUUUGGUAUCACAAAGAGGCAUCGAGGUCAAUCCAGAUAAGAUUAAGGCCAUCGAAGGAAUACCAGAAAUGUUAACCAGCAAAAAGCAGGUACAAAAAUUGACUGGUCGGAUAGCCGCCCUGUCAAGGUUCAUCUCACGGUCAUCAGAUAGAUGCCAUAAACUUUUUAAUGUGUUAAAGGAAGACAACGGGCUCCAGUGGAAUUCGGAAUAUGUCAACGCCCUAAGAAAACUAAAAGCAUACUUGUCCUCACCGCCAUUACUCGCCAAGGCAGAUCCAGGCGAGUGCCUCCUCGUCUACCUAGCUGUCUUCGAAGUCGCGGUAAGCGCAGUUUUGGUCCGCGAAAACAAAGGAUACUAUUGGCCCACUAUGAAAAAGGAAGCCAUGGAUUACGUCAAGAAAUGUGAGCAAUGCCAAAAGUACGGCUCUAUGAUACACCAAGGGGGCGAACUCCUGCAUUCCGUCACUUCACCAUGUCCGUUUAUAAAAUGGGGAAUGGAUAUCGCCGAACCCCGCCCAGCAGGCCGAGGAAGUCAUCGCAUUCAUAUGGAAAACAUAAUAUGCCGCUUCAGCAUCCCCAAUGAAAUUAGCUGUGAAAAUGGACCUCAGUUCGUCGGGAAAAAGAUGAUCGAUUUCUUCGAAAAAUGGCGCAUUAAGCGGAUACUCUCCACGCCAUAUCAUCCCGGUGGUAACGGUCAAGCUGAAUCCUCUAACAAAAUAAUAUUGAAUAUACUAAAGAAAAAGCUCGAGGACGCCAAAGGGCUAUGGUCAGAACUGCUACCAGAGGUGUUGUGGGCUUACCGCACCAUGCCAAAAACCAGCACAUGCGAAACGCCAUAUUCAUUAGUCUACGGGACCGACGCCGUUAUACCCGUUGAGGUCGGGGAACCUAGCCUGAGAUACUCCAAUGAGAGUGGACCAAACAACAACGAAAAUAGAAUACAAGACCUGGACGAAGUGGAAGAACGAAGGGAUAUGGAUCACCUAAGGAUGGUAGCCCAAAAACAACAAGCAGAAAGCUAG